CGUCUUUAGUCCCUCCUUCACCAGCAGCAGCGAUGGACACGCUGGUGAACCGCUCCGCUGCGUUGCGUUCGGUUCUGCGUUCAUAACCGUUAACGUACGGGAUCCUCGGCGCGUUUGAUUAAAACAGACGCAGCUCGUCGCUUGUUUCUAUCAUAGGAUCUCAAGCCAGCAGGAUGGCAGGCGGCGGCGGCGGCUGCGUGACGCUCGGCGGCGCUCAGAUCCGGGACCUGCUGGAUUCCAAACACAACGUGCUGUUCGACUGCGACGGCGUCAUCUGGAACGGAGAAACGGCCGUUACCGGAGCUCCGGAGGUGGUCAGUCUGCUCAAGCAGCGCGGCAAACGCGUGUUCUUCGUCACCAACAACUGCACCAGGCCGCGGGAGAACUACGUGCAGAAGUUCAGCCGCCUCGGCUUCGCGGACGUCGCGGAGGAGGAGAUCUUUAGCUCGGCGUACUGCUCCGCCGCGUACCUGCGCGACGUGGCGCGGCUGCAGGGGAAGGUGUAUGUGAUCGGCUGCGGCGGGGUGAUGAAGGAGCUGCGGGACGCCGGGGUGCCGGUGGCGGAGGAGGAGGACGCGGAGCCGGGCGCCAGCAUCUACACCUGUCCGCUGGACCCGGAUGUGAAGGCGGUGCUGGUGGGAUACGACGAGAACUUCACCUUCAUGAAGCUCGCCAAAGCCUGCUGCUACCUGAGGAGCUCCGAGUGCCUGUUCCUGGCCACUGACCCGGACCCCUGGCACCCGCUGAGAGGAGGCAGGGUCACCCCUGGGUCCGGCAGCCUCACGGCGGCUCUGGAGACGGCUAGCAGCAGGAAGGCCACGGUCAUCGGGAAGCCCAGCUGCUUCAUGUUCGACUGCAUCGCCAGCCAGUUCGGUCUGGACCCGGCGCGCUCGCUGAUGAUCGGAGACCGGCUGGAGACGGACGUUCUGUUCGGCAGCAACUGCGGCCUGACCACGGUGCUGACGCUGACGGGCGUCUCCACGCUGCAGGAGGCGCUCGCGUUCAGAGACAGCCAGGAGCCACAGCAGAAGCACUGCGCGCCCGAUUACGUGAUGGAGUCUGUGGCGGAUUUCCUGCAGGCGCUGGAGGAGUGACCACUACACUGUUCCUCGACCGGACGCUCUGCUGACCACACUGGUCUUUGAGAAGCAGUCGUGCAUGAGAUGAGCUCUGAGUCUGUGUGACUGCAGGAGGCGGAUCGUAAUGACACUCAUCCUGAUGCCCUUGUGUGAAUAUUCUGCUUCAACCUCUUUCGUGCUCCACAGAACAAUAGAAGUCAUCCGGGUUUGGAGGGAGAGUAAAUGAUGACAGAAAUCUACUUAAUAUAAGGAUUGAAUAUUUAUCUCCCCUUUUACUUGAUUUUUUAUUUAAUUACAUUUUUUAUUUAAGGGGAUUUUAU